GUGAGCUGCAGCAACAACUCUCCAUCAUCGCCAUGGCUUCCGUAUACAAGACACUAUCUGGCGCCGAAAAGGACGAGAGGGAGACGGGCGAGAAGAGGAACAAGCAGCGUGUCCUGAUUCUGAGUUCAAGAGGUGUCACAUUCCGACACCGACAUCUGCUACAAGAUCUGUACUCUUUGAUGCCCCAUAGUCGGAAAGAAGCCAAACUCGAUACCAAGACCAAGCUCUACCAGCUCAACGAACUAGCAGAACUCUACAACUGCAACAAUGUCCUCUUCUUCGAGGCUCGCAAAGGCAAGGAUCUCUACUGCUGGAUGUCCAAACCUCCUAAUGGCCCCACCGUGAAAAUGCACCUGCAAAACCUGCACACCAUGGAAGAGCUCAACUUCAUCGGCAACUGCCUCAAGGGAUCGCGGCCAGUGCUUUCUUUUGACGCAGCAUUCGACAAGCAGGCUCAUUUGCGCGUCAUCAAGGAACUUUUCACUCAGAUCUUCGGCGUCCCAAAGACCAGCAGAAAAGUAAAGCCAUUUGUGGACCACGUCAUGGGUUUCACCGUUGCCGACGGCAAGAUCUGGAUCCGCGUGUACCAAAUCAACGAGAGCGAGCCUGGCAAGAAGAAGCCUGUGGAUGGUGAAGAGAUGGACGUCGAUGAGCCCGCGCCGAAGAAGAAGGGAAAGACCGAGUUCGAUGUCAGCCUUGUCGAAAUCGGGCCGCGCUUUGUGCUCACGCCCAUCGUUAUCCAAGAGUCCAGUUUUGGAGGCCCCAUCAUCUACGAGAACAAGGAGUUCGUCUCGCCUAACCAGAUCCGAUCCGACUUGAGAAAGUCAAAGGCAAGCAGAUUCAACAGGCGCACUGAUGCGCAGAGAGAUACUUUGCUCAAGCACCAGGAUUUGGGUCUUACGUCGCAAGGCGGUCGCAAGAAAGAAAAGGACCCGCUGAGCGACCAGGUCUUGUUUGCAUAGAUUUCAUGUUGUUCUAUACUCUGCGAGGGAAAAAGUACGGCGUUUUGGGCUGCAUUGACAGGGGACCGGCGUCAACUUGUUAAGCCAGGCACAUGCCUGCAUAUAGCGAUAUACCCAAAAGCUAUUGACUAAUGGGUAGCUGCUCUGAGCGUAACUCUUAUCUUGAGUUUGAGCAUCCUCAAAGCAUGUCUUCUCUUGAUCUAGCCCCAUGUACGCCC